AUGGCGCUGGACGGGAUCCGCAUGCCGGACGGCUGCUACGCCGAUGGGACGUGGGAGCUGAGCGUCCAUGUCACCGACCUGGGCCGCGACGUCACCCUGAGGGUCACCGGCGAGAUUCACAUCGGCGGCGUCAUGCUGCGUCUAGUCGAGAAACUCGAUGUCAAGAAGGACUGGUCGGACCACGCGCUGUGGUGGGAGAAGAAGAAGACCUGGCUGCUGAAGACGCACUGGACCUUGGACAAGUACGGCAUCCAGGCGGACGCCAAGCUCCAGUUCACGCCCCAGCACAAGCUGCUGCGCCUGCAGCUGCCCAACAUGAAGUAUGUCAAGGUGAAGGUCAACUUCUCAGACAGGGUCUUCAAGGCUGUUUCUGACAUCUGCAAGACGUUCAACAUCAGGCAUCCAGAGGAGCUUUCCCUUUUGAGGAAACCCAGGGACCCAUCAAAGAAAAAAAAGAAGAAGUUGGAUGACCAGUGUGAGGAUGAUGCCUUCGAGCUGGAGGGUCCACUGAUCACGCCGGGGUCUGGCACCGAUAUUCUUUACAUCGGCCCCGUCAAAGGAAACAUCUACUCCAGCCCUGGACUGUACAGCAAAACCAUGACCCCGACCUACGACGCGCAUGACGGCAGCCCCCUGUCACCCACCUCGGCCUGGUUUGGGGACAGCGCCCUGUCGGAGGGGAACCCAGGCAUCCUGGCUGUCAGCCAGCCUGUCACCUCCCCGGAGUCCCUAGCCAGAAUGUACAAGCCACAGGCGCUGCUCGAUAAAGCCAAAACCAACCAAGGGUGGCUGGAUUCGUCCCGGUCCCUGAUGGAGCAAGAGGUGAAAGAGAACGAGGCUCUGCUGCUCCGGUUCAAGUACUACAGCUUCUUCGACCUGAACCCCAAGUACGACGCCAUCCGCAUCAACCAGCUGUACGAGCAGUCCAAGUGGGCCAUCCUGCUGGAGGAGAUCGAGUGCACGGAGGAGGAGAUGAUGAUGUUUGCCGCGCUUCAGUACCACAUCAAUAAGCUGUCCAUCAUGUCCUCGGAAAACCACCUGAACAACAGUGACAAGGAGGUGGACGAGGUGGAUGCUGCACUCUCAGAUCUGGAGAUCACCCUGGAGGGUGGCAAAACAUCGACGGUGCUGGGUGACAUCACUUCCAUCCCAGAGCUGGCUGACUACAUUAAAGUCUUCAAGCCCAAGAAGCUGACGUUGAAAGGCUACAAGCCAUACUGGUGCACCUUCAAAGAUACCUCCAUCUCCUGCUAUAAGAGCAAAGAGGAAUCCAAUGGGACUCCUGCACACCAGAUGAACCUGAGAGGGUGUGAAGUUACCCCUGAUGUGAACAUCUCUGGGCAGAAGUUCAACAUCAAGCUUCUGAUCCCGGUGGCAGAGGGGAUGAACGAAAUCUGGCUCCGCUGUGACAACGAGACGCAGUACGCCAGCUGGAUGGCCGCCUGCCGCCUGGCCUCCAAGGGCAAGACGAUGGCCGACAGCUCCUAUGGCAUGGAGGUGCAGAACAUCCUCUCCUUCCUAAAAAUGCAGCAUUUGAACCCAGACCCCCAGCUGAUCCCAGAGCAGAUCAACACUGACGUUAACCCCGAGUGCCUGGUGUCUCCACGCUACCUGAAGAAGUACAAGAACAAGCAGCCAGGCUAUGUAAGAGACUUGAUCACGGCACGCAUCCUGGAGGCUCACCAGAACGUCGCUCAGAUGAGUCUGAUCGAGGCCAAGAUGAGGUUCAUCCAAGCCUGGCAGUCGCUGCCGGAGUUCGGCAUCACGCAUUUCAUCGCCAGGUUCCAGGGCGGCAAGAAGGAGGAGCUGAUCGGCAUCGCCUACAACCGGCUGAUCCGCAUGGACGCCAGCACGGGCGACGCCGUCAAAACCUGGAGGUUCAGCAACAUGAAGCAGUGGAAUGUCAACUGGGAGAUCAAAAUGGUGACAGUGGAGUUCGCAGACGACGUCCGCGUGUCCUUCAUCUGCACCGAGGUGGACUGCAAAGUGGUCCACGAGUUCAUCGGGGGCUACAUCUUCCUGUCAACGCGAGCCAAAGACCAGAACGAGAGCCUGGACGAGGAGAUGUUCUACAAACUGACCAGCGGGUGGGUGUGAGCCCCAGGCACUGUACCCCGAGAGGAGACCCCACAGCCAUAGUGAUAUUUAACGUUCAACAGCUGCUCCUUGAGCUGUGCUGCUUAAUAAAGUAAGCUUGAAAGUGUAUCUUUUUUUGUUUCCCUCUAAUCAGGAAAGUUGGGGUUGUUUUCUUUUGCAGUACCUGCCCAGUUAACCAGUGUGCACUAACGAGCACUUCUCUUAACCUUGCUAUAACCAAGAGAGCCGUGUCUGGGCCGGGUGUGCCACGCCAGCGCCCUUCAGCUGCUGCCGCAGCAGGCAGAGCAGGCUGAGCUGCGCCUGGCACAGCAGCCUCUUCCUAAGAGAACUCUAAGCCAUCUUCUAAAGCCAGCCAGGGCUUGACCUAUAUGAAGUCUUUCUCCUCUUGUAACACAGGAGUGUUCCUUCUUGCCUUUUGGUUCCUUGGGUUUAGUCUGUCCCUGUGACCCGUUCGGAAGCCAUCCCCACCUGUAAGCAGAGCUUCUGCCUCUCUGCUUCCACCCUGCACACCCAGGACCACGCUUAGCGAGGCGCUGGGGAUGCAGCUGUGAGGGCAAGUCGAGUGCGGCCUCGAAAUGCUGCCCCUUCUGUUAAGUCUGUUCCAGCUUGGGGUUUGUGUCUUUAAACGUGCCUUUUGAUAUCCUCUGCUCUGGUCCUGUCUUGUCCGCGGGCUCUACCUUGUGUUUUAGUUGGACACCGCUGUUGUAUUAUUGGCACCUGCAGUAUUUGUCACCAGCAUAGCCACUGCCUCUGCCCCACCAUAUGCAAAACUUCUGCCGUGACAAGAUGAAGUCAAAAGGUCUAUGAAGUGUAACGGGGGUUUGGGGUGGGGUUUUCUGUGUGUGUAACUAAUGUAAAAACAACCAAACCAACCCCAAACCCCACAGGUUUUAUAAAGUUGUACAGUUUUUUAACUACUCUCGCAAGCCAGCUUGGAGUUGUCAGCAUAGAGCAGCAGUAACUGUAGGAUGCCUGGCGGGAGCAUGGGGAGUCACCCAAGUACCCCCUCCAAACACCUCAAUUUCAACCCAGGAAAUCUGUCUCUUAAAGAGGAGUUCAGAGCUGUGCACACGACCCUUCCCAAGGGCCAGGCUCUCCCUCUUCGGUUAGCCAGCACCGCCUCAAGGCUAGUGAGGAGGGCAGCUCCUGCCCGCCCGAUGCUGGGGCACACCCAGCGCUGGCUCCCUGCAGUCUGUGGUUACAAGACUAUGUACAAAUGCAUUUUAUUUUAAAUAAAAGGCAAAUCUUUUAUUUAA